UGUGCAGUGUGCAGAUGUUUUCAGAGCUCAGACUGAAGAGGUUUACGCUAAGCUAACGGCCUGAAGCUCUGCACUUAAACCAGUUUCAAUGCACUCAUCGACGUUAUAGAGAUACCAGAGUCUCCAAGAUAACAUACAGUCUUGGGUUAUGGCGACCAAUGUCGGGGAUGAUGAGUUUGAUGAGUAUGAUAAGCCUGGUGCUGAAAGGUCAAGAAGACGGAGAGGAGAAGAUGACGAUGACUUGGAGAGUGAUUUCGAGGAAGGAGACUUGCUUGAAGAAGAUUGGCUGUCAUCAAAAAAGAACCCCUCAGAGCUGUCAGAUGAGGAACUAAACGAUGAUCUCUUACAAAGUGAUGAAGAGGACCAAAAUAUAAGUGGUCAAGGUGAAGCCGUGAGUUUAAAUGCGACGCUGGGUAUGGGCACUUCUGUUGACUUUGAAGAUCCAGGUGGAUAUACAGAAAAUGCCUAUGAGGAGGGUGAAGGUGGCCAGGCGGGUUUCUCUCAGGGUGGACAGUAUGAAGGAGAUGACUACCAAGCCGUGGAUGAAGGGUUGGAAUACACAGGAGAGCAGAAUUUUGCUAAAUAUCAAGAUGAGGUGCUGGACCUUCAGAUCGACGAGCCAUUGGAUGACGAUUUCCAAGUGGAUGAGUACCCAACAGAAUAUAGAGAGCAGCAGACUAACCAACAGCAAGUGGCUGAGGAGGAAGAGGAGGCACAUGAGGAGGAAACUGAGGAGCAGGACAGCUCUCAGGUCACAGAAUUAGAGGAGGCGGACAAUGAAAACGAUCCAGAGGCUGAGCAUGAGCAGGAUGCAGAUGUAAAGGAGGAGUCCGACGAGGAGGAGGAAGAUGAUGAAGAAUCUGGCCGCCUGCGAUUUAAGACUGAGCGCAAAGAUGACACAGUGGUCCGGUUGUCUGAUGUUGCUAGUAAAAGAAGGAACAUCCCGGAAACAUUAGAGCUCUCUAAGGAAGCUAAAGCAGACCUGCAGAAGUUUGAGGAGAAUGAGCGUCAGAGGAAGCAGGGUCGUUUUGGAGGACGAGGGAGAGGAGGCCCAUAUGGAGAUGGAGGAAGAGGAGGAAUGCAAGGUAGAGGUGGAAUGAGAGGAAGAGGAGGAGCGGGAGGUCGAGGACUCGGAGGAAGAAGUGAUUUCCACAUGUUUGGAAUGGGAGGUUUUCGCGGCGAUGGAGUCGGAGGUCGGGGUAGAAUAAAUGAGCAAAGGCCUCCGUUGAUGCAGAUGAACUUAGGAAUGCAGCAGCAGCUCAGAAUGACUCCUCCGCUCCAGCAUCACCAUCAUCAAUCUCGUCUGCCCGGCCCAAGAAGCUCUGGAGGUCCUGGGCUGUUCCCAGAUCCAGGCACUCCAAUUGCUCAGCAACCGCUGCAGAUGUUGAUGCCACAUCUGAGCCACCGUUCCCCAGGCCCCAGAACACAACAGUUGAACUCCCCACCACGGCACUCGCACCCACAUCCCAACCAACACCAGCAGCACCAACAGCACCAUCCCAAAAACAUUCACAUCAACCCUCAUUUCAGAGGACCAUCAUCCUCACCUGUGCAAGUUCCCCCAAUGCCUCCUGUGCAGAACCAACCGAGGCCUAACAUCGCUUCACCGAGACUCUCUGCUCCUCCUGAUUUUCAGCAGCAUCUGGGGAAUUUUGGCCCACCUUUGCGGCCUCUGCCUUCCCAGGAGCCAUGGAGAGGACCACCACCACCACAUCAUCAGGAUCAAGACCACUUCUUCCCUGGUGAACCGCGAUUUUCAGGCCAGCACAUGUUUGACCAGCCAGGCCCUGCCCCCCUUUUGAAUAACAGUGUUCAUCCAUUAUCGGGGCAAGGCCCUCCGAAUUUCCCUCCACAGGGAGGACUUGGAGGUCCUGCAUUUGGUCCUUUGGGGCUCGGACAGAAUCAAGGGCCUCAGAGUCUAGCCCUGCAGCAUGCAGGCCCUCCAGGGCCCCCUGGUCCCCGUGGAUUUGUGGGUCACAGACAGCCAUUCUCGCCCCCGCAACAGGGACCCCCCUUUAGCCCCCAGCACAUGCCAUUUGGUAUGCAGGUACGCCAGAGAAGUCUACUGCAGCAGCCCCUGCACCAUGAUCCGCAACUAUCCCAUCAGCCCUUGCACCAGCAGCACCAGCAACACAGACAGGACUUACCCCCCCAGGCGUUGCUUCACUCCCAGCCUCCACCCCAACAUCAAACUCACCACCAACACCACCCACGGGACCAACACCUCUCCCAGCCCCAUUUUCGCCAAUCGAUUCCGAGUGGCCAUAGACAGAUGCAGUCCCGGCCACAGGGCAACCAGCAGCGUAACAACCAUGCCAGACCCAGAAUGACGCCGCCUUCUCCAAUGCAGCAGAUUCCUCCUCAGCGCAACAGCAACCUUCGGGAGCUGCCCAUUGCUACUAGUAACAAUAAUACCUGCCCAUCAGUGCCUAGUGGGCAAGCAAAACCAGUUACCAAGGCAACACAAAAUGUUAGGCAAGGGCCCGUUGCUCGUUCUGGACCAGCAGGAAAGGUUGGUCCUGUAGCACAAGGACAGGGCUCCGCCAGAGCACCGCCGCAGCCCAGAGUGCCCGAGAUAAAGAAAGCACAUCCAGCUGCACAGCCAAGCACCACUCCACAGAACCCAGAUGAAGAUGAGGAGACACGGCAAUACAGACUGAAGAUCGAAGAACAGAAACGUAUGCGAGAAGAGGUCCUUCGACGUAAAGAGCUGCGCAGACAGCAGCAAGCUGGUGAACGCAAAAAGGAACUGUUGGAACGAAUUGGCGGCCAACUCCUAAACCAGACCCAACCAACACAGAACACCACACAGCCCCCUGCAGCUCAACCCCCUCAGCCGGUCCCUUCCCUGAUCUCUAACGGAACCCCACAGAACCCUUCGCCCAUCCUCAAUUCCCCUCGUCCCAGUGUUAAGACACGUCUGUUAAACACUAAACCUCAGGGACCCGCUUCAGGCUGGUCUGGGCCACAGAAGCCACAGAGUGCUGGUCCUAAUGCCAAUCUGCAGGGCCAGCAUCAACCAUUGCAGAAGAGGACCAUCGCCCCACAAAACACUCAACGACCGGCUGCUCAGGGUGUUGGUGCUCAGACCAACCCAGUAGAAGGGCAUGGCCUGGGUCAGCCUCAGCCCGGUGGAAAAAGAACAGUGAUGCAAAGAACCAACAGUGUUGAAUCACCACAAGUUCCACAGAAAGUGCGUGUAGUUAAGCUUCAGGGAGAGCAGGCAGAUGCCAGUCCCAGCACUGCUCCCUCACAGCAACAGCAACCACCAAUUGGUCGGCCUAUGCCCCAACAGAGGCUUGGUCCCAUCAGGAAAGUUACCAUGGCAACUGGGGGUGUACAAAAUCAACAACAGGCUGGCCGUGGUGUGACAAACCAAACGAACCGGUUGGUAGUUCGAGGUAGAGGACGUGGCCGUGGAAUGAACCGUUUGCUGACGCAGCAGAACCCGAGAGCUCAAGAUCAUCAGCCCAGCACUGUCUGCAUUGAGGGUUUAUCAAGCACCACAACCAAUAAACAGCUCCUGAACCUUCUCAACUCCAUUGGCCCUGUUGAGAGGUUCAAUAUGUUGCCUGAGCAGCGGAAGGCCAUCGCCAAGUUUGCAAAUCCAGAACAUGCAGUGAGUUUUCAGCACAGCUUCCACAGGCACAUGAUAGAUUUGUCUCACAUCGACGUUUCCAUUAUUGAUGGCUGAGGAGAAAGUCGAGAAGAAAAGAGAAGUGAGCAAGAAGAACGUGUCUUUUUCUGGAAGACAGACGCACAAUCAAGAAUCAAACGUUUCGGAAGCCAUGCAGAAAAGCACUGUCAACAAACUCGAGACACAUGCAUGAAAGAAUCAAAGACAACGAGCCCAACACUAGCUGUGUCCUGCUGGAUAUGGCACAGCAUUACUUUACUUGAGUACUUCAACUCAUGACUAUGGCAUGAAGUCCUGCUCUCGUUUCAGUAUCUUCAUGUGUAAAUACAUAUAUAUGGAAAUCAGUAAUGAUUGAAACCAGCAGUUGAAAAGAAAGUUAGGAAACCAAGACAUUUUGAUGGCACUUGAUAAUAGUUGCUCCCAUCCUGUAGCUCUCCAUAUAGACACAUUCUGAUAUGAGUUCUUGAUUUCUUUUGGAGUUUUCCACAGUAAGUGAAUUGGUGGGAAAUGGGUGGUUUGGUCUCUGCAUGCUACAGUCGUUGUUUUUGUCACCUGCAGAGGGCAGCAGAAGACUUCUGAUUUGAAGUCUUUGUGUUGAGCUUGUAGACCACAGUGUGGAAAGCACUGCUUUGUAGAGAUGUUGAGAAGUGCUGUUAUGGACCUUUAGGGACAGGUUUGUGUUGUUGUUUUGGAAGCCACUGUGAGGUUUUGAGUUUUAGUUGUGUGUCUUUAUUGGAAGUCAAUGUAGAUUGUCAGUGUCUCCUUUUUUGUGCUUUUGUCCAUGACUGUUCACCAUUUUCAGUUUUCAUCGUUGUAAAUGUAUUGGAGCUGAGUUCUGGUCUGCGGAGCUGGUUUGUAGUUCAUAAUGUGCGUCUAAGGACAGCUGAAAAACAAUUCAACAGUAAAUGAGUUUUAUACUUUGCUUUUAAGUUUGGGUGUUGGAGUCGCAUGUUUAGAUUCUUUUAAUUGUUGUUUGAGAUGGCUUCCAAGAAAGUAUUAAAAUCAGGCAGAAAGUUCCCCUUCAUUUUUUAAUAGGUUUGGUUUCCUCGUAGCACACAUUGUGUAGAAAGGAGGAUGGCUGAAUCAUGGCCCGUGCGAUUUUAUUAUAGAUUUCAGUGCUGCUGUGGUUUAAAUGCUGUGACAUGGGUUAAAUUUUGAUCAACUUUCAGUUCCUUGUGAAGAGAGAUCUGGAUAAAUGGUAGACCUUUGGCUCGGUUGAUCAUUUUUAAGUUGGUCAUAUGGGAAUGCAGGUGACUUGUUGAAUUGCGGUCAGUUAAGGAUGGAGAUUGGUCAACACCUGCUCUUAGAGACCUUUCCUAAACCCUUCAUCUACAUUUUCCAUUUUGUUUUCCUCAUUAAUUGUUACACAGGGCUUUGAGUUUCAGAAGACGCGCUAAUAUCGCCAGUGAGCAUAAUGCAAUCUUGCAAAGUGAUGUCAUGGCUUUUAAUCAUGGGUUAUCGCUGUUAUGAUGUCAUCGUCUUUAUUAUUUGUAUUAUUUUACUUCAAAGCUUAGACAUUUGUCUGUUUCAGAUACAACAGUAUAGAGGAGUCUUAUAUGUUCGGGCCAUUUCAGUGAAUGAAAUGUAAAAUAAAUAUAGUUAACAACGCAUCCGGGUCUGUCGUUUCAAAGGGUUUGGGAGCAACUAUUAUCCGUGUUCAUGUAUAUAAUGAAAAAACUGUGUGAAACUGUCCAGUCUGUUGUUUUCUCAUCUCGAAAUCUUCCCAUGUUUGAAAACUAGUAUGUGACUGGUGAAUUUCAUUUCUCGGUUUGAUUUUAUAUAUAUAAAUAUCAAUAGAACGAAGUAUACCUUGGUCGUUUUACAUCCGUUUUGUUAUUUGAGAACUUCGAGAUUAUUAUUUGAGGAUAUUUUAAAGAUGAAAAUAAAAGAUGGUCACAUAUAUACCAUGUAAAUACGGGUAUGUGAAGCCAACUGUCUAUCACCAUUAACUGUUGUCUGAUGUUGAUUUGUGUUUGAAGAGUCAGUCCUACUUAAUCUGAACACAACAUACACUUUUUGUUUUUUCUCCAUACACCUGACUUACUUUUCCAUGUUGCAAAACUAAAGAAAUUGAAUUUGAGCUAGAAGAUUGUGUUUCAGAGUUGGGUAGAUUCAAACACGUGGGAUGUUAUUUUGUCCAUUAUGUCUUUCAAAGUUAACUUGUUAACCGCAAUCCUUCAGCAUCCACUUGUUUUAAGAUGUACUUGUAAUUUGCUGAUCUUCUGUUAUAGUGUAGUAGUUGGGCAUGGUUGAUCCCAGUUCCCUCUUUGUGUGUAUGUUUGUGUUAAUAGUUUACCUUGUGAGUUUGCAGGAAUUACACAAAUGCAUAAAUAUGGGUAAGAUUAUGAAUGUUAAUUAACAUAAACUUAGAUACACUCCAAACUAUUUAUUUUUAUUUUUAUUUUGUUUUUGUUCACUUUUGAGUUCAUGUUUUUUAAAAGGACGGAUAUUUUUGAAGUUGCAAAUGCAAACAUUUAUUUUUUGGUUUAAAUGCAUUUCUUCAUACAAGAAGAGUGAAUCCUGUGGAUUUAAAAGGCGUAAAGCAGUCUGAGUGACUAAUUUUAAAUCUUAUAAGACAUAUUUUAAAUCAGUCUUAUAACAGAGAAAAACUGCUUCAUAUUGAAUCUUUUAGUAACUUCAUUGCAAGUGUUAAUUAACUUUGAGGGAAAAUGUCCCUUUGCCAAAUGUAAUCACUCAUGUGAUAGUCUUUAUAGAUUUGAUAAACUGUCUAGUCAAAAUAACAGAGAAUGUGUUCUGUACUUAAGAGUAGGCUUGAGGUUUACUUUAUUUAUUUAAAUUAUUAUUUCUGUUGUUUACAAGUGGCUGGCACACUCCAUGUGUGUUUACUUUUCUUUCUUUCUUUUUUUAAAUAACGUGAAUCUUACUGCUUAAUGCGGUUUAAUGCUGCGAUUGACCAGUAUAUAAAAAUAUUAGGAUGCCCUAUUGCUUUGAUAUUUAAUACUAUUUCCUUACUUGCACUUUUUUAUAAUGAUAAUCAAAAUUUAUAACACUUUCAAAUCUGCUGCUUUAACUGUAUAAUGGUUUAGCGUGUUUUACUGUUUUAAGCGUCACACACUGUGCACUGUUUCCCCAUUAGCAGCAGUCAGAUGAUAAUAUUUACCUUGAAAUUAAACCAUUUUUUCUCUUUUUCAGGACAGAUCUUCCAGGAGAACAGAAAGGAGGGUUUUUCAUCUAACAGAUUCUCUUUUUAUAUUCUGAAAUGCAUUGGUUUUCAAAUUUUCUUUUGAGGGUAGUGUAUAUAAAUGUCUUUUUUUUUUUAUAUAUAUAUACACGCUAUAUUAAAUGUUUUAGUUGUUUUUUAGGUUUGUUUGUUUUUUUUUGCUAGAAAAGGUAGAACUUAGAGUUAGCCCGAUUGAGAGAUCGAUGAAUCGGGAAAGUAUGGUGCCAUAAAUUGAAAAUUGAAAUUGAAAAAAAAAGUGUGAUCUGGUUCACAGUUAAUCUGGUUGAUAGCUUAUUAGGAAUCUUGAAGUGAUCUGUUGUCUUGUAAGAGUUGUGUCUUGGUUUUCAGGUUAGUGUAAUGAUUGACUAAAUGGUGUAAUGUCUCAAACUCAUUUUGUUCAUUUCAUGACAGAGUUGCUGUUUAGCUUUGGUGAUCGUGUGAGAGAAAGAAUAACUUCUAUUAUCAACGCAAUCUCACGGCAAUUCGUAACAUGAUGAUUUAGUGGCUAAUUGGUAUGAAUUGAUACAAUCUCAUUUGUACAAUUUAGUAUGACGGCUGAGCCACACCUCCUUUUUAAAAUUGUACAUUUUUGUAUGACUGAACUGUAUGAAUUAGCCACUAAACUGACAAAACGUAAAAUACUUAAGUUUUCUCGUGAGAUCAGGCUGGUAUUAAAUGUGUUAUGCUUUUAAUCGCUGUUGUAUUGAAUGGUUUCAUUGAAUUUCAUAGUUAAAUAGUUUAAUACCAAGAGAUAAGAAUUAACUGAUAAUUCACACAAAAAUAAAAGCUGUCAUAUUACUGACCCUCUACUUGCUUUUUUUCUAUUGACUUCCAUAGUAUAAAAUACUGUAGUUGUCAAUAGCUUCAGUAUUUCUAACAUGAUCUCACAGCAGUUCAGAACUUUUUGAUUUGGUGGCUAAUUCGGAUGAAUUUGUACGAUCUCGUUUGUACAAUUUAGUUUGAUUUGCUCAUUACCCAAUGAUGGUUGGGUUUAGGGGUGAGGUUGGGUGACAUGCCUCCUUUUUAAAACGGUACAUUUUUGUACGCCUGAACUUGUACGAACCCGUAUGAGGUAGCCGAUAAACUGACAAAACGUAAAAUAGUUACGUUUCCUCAUGAGAUCAGGCCGGUAUUUCCCAAUUUCGUCUUAAAAAAAAAAAAAAGAAAUAAAGGGUGAGUAAAGUGACACUUUCAGUUUGUGGUGAACACUUUUUCUAAACGACAAGUUCCAGUUCCCAUCAUGCUUCGUGUCAGACUGUGCAAGGAUAAUGAAUGUUUAAAUGGUGCCGUUUUGUGUGUGUUUUGCAGAAGAUUAAUAUGGGGAGUGACGUAUUGCUGUUUGUUUAGUUUUGUGUUAGGGUUUACAGGGGGUUUGCGUUUUGGUGCAGUUUAAGGGCGACAGCAUUUUAUAUACUCUAUAUUUUUUUAACUGUAUGGCAAGUGUGUAGUGAUGGUCACGUUAAUUUGUAUCAACACAUGCAAGUGUGUUAUUUCUAACUUAAAAGUUUGACUUCAAGUGAUGUUAAUGGUUAAGUUGUCUAUUACAACAGUAAUUUCAUUCUGAAAGUGCUUCAUUUAGAGAACAAACACACUGAUGUUGAUGAUAAGGUGGAUCUUUUUUGUCCUCGAAAUAUAGUGGUUGUUUUUGGUGAUCUUUAAUGUUGAUCUUUGAGUCCUUGAGUUCUUGUUUUCAGCUUACGCACUAACGGCUGUUUUAUAUUCAGUUCAGUCACAGUUUGUCGUACAAUUCAUAGUUUUAAUUUUUGAUUGUUUAAUCUUUAAGUUUAUUAACUUAAAGAGCCCAUAUUAUACAUGAAAUAGGGUCAUAUGUAGGUUGUAAGGGUCUCCAACAACAGUCUAAUAUGCAUGCAAGGUCAAAAAACACUUUGAUGGUCUUAUAAUCUGCAUUUAUUUUUACCUAAUUAUCCCAGCGACUCCCAUAUGAAUCGUUCAGCGAUUCAUUUGUUCCCAAACCCGUCCUCAGCGCAAAGCUAAUCUGCGCUGAUUGGACCGAUGACAGCCUGCUGCGAUUAGUCGACACUGACAAGGCUUCAGCGCGAGACAGGGUGAAAUGCCCAGCUGCUAAUCUACAAUAUAAAAGUAGUCACAGUGCAUACACGCUUCAUAGUGGAUUUUGGCUGCCAGUGGGUGAAUGUAAAUACAGACGAUGGACUAGAAAAUACUGACGACUAACUAUUUUAUUGAGCAAAAAGUCCAAGAACUGCCAAGGAGAUCUCCUAGCCCGUUACAGUCUACCUGCUCUUUUCACACACACAGGGCCGGCGCGUCCAUAGAGGAGACCUAGGGCGGUAGAAUAGAGAGGGAGCGUCGGCGACACCUCCCUCACCGCCAGCGUCCUCAGUUAUAUCAGCGAAUACUGAUCGUUUUUACUGAUCCUUCCUUUAACAAACUGAUGAAGUCUUCUUUGUAAGCAUGUAGUUUCCAGAAGCACUCGAACUGCUCAAGGCUUGGCUAUAUUGCUGAGGUUUCAUCUUUGGGUGGACUGUCAAUAAUAUCCAUCUGCACAGCGUGACUUCAUUCGACCGGUGUCUGUGUGGCUUUUUUUCUGUUAGUGGGCGGGGCCGCAGGUUUCAAAUCUCCCGGGUUUGCGCGUGCAACUACUUGUGUUUCGAAGCCGCAUCAUCACGAAACACCUAAUGACUCGUUAUCAAGACAACUCGUUUGAAGCACUAUGAGUCGACUCUUUUAUAGAUGAAUCAAUAGUUUUAAACACUGUACACUUACAGAUUUAAGCCUUAGCUGGAUAUUUCACUUCACUUAGAGCUGUGUGACACACUACAUGGAAGGGCAUUUUCAAAAACCCAUAAUAUGGGCUCUGUAAAGAAAAUAGGGCGAGAGAAAGUAGUGCUGUCGCCUCACAGCAAGAAGGUUGCUGGUUCGAGCCUCUGCUAGGUCAGUUGGCGUUUCUGUGUGGAGUUUGCAUGUUCUCCCUGCGAUCCCCCUACAGUCCAAAGACAUGUGGUACAGGUGAAUUAGGUAGGCUAAAUUGUCCGUAGUAUAUGUGUGUGUGUAUGUGUUUCCCAGUGGUGGGUUGCAGCUGGAAGGGCAUCCACUUCAUGAAACAAAUGCUGUAUGAGUUGGUGGUUCAUUCCGCUGUGGCUACCCCAGAUUAAUAAAGGGACUAAGUCGAAAAGAAAAUGAAUGAAUGAACUUAAAGAAAAUACCAUUUACCUCAGAUUUGUGGUCUGCCAACUUGACACACCCAAAUAAUCAAAUCUGAAGUGCAAGUGUUCCUAUGAAAGCUCAUUUCUGCCACUGAUUUAUAAAAAAUGGCUGCAUUUGGACUUUUACUUCUUUUGCAAUUUACUUAAUAUCUGACGAUUCUGACUUUAGAUAUGCAAUUUUAUAUUUUGCAAUACUGAGUUCUAAACUUAAGUUAACGUCUUACUUUUUGUGUGAGAAAGUCAGAAUUAUGAGAGGCCACAUUUAUAACUUUUUUUUUUUUCCUCAUGGCAGAAAUGGGAUUCCAUGUUACUCUGUAAAACUAACAGAUUUUGAAAACCACUGCAUGUGAUUGAAUAUCAAAAGAUGAAAACCCCUCCUUUUGAUAUGAGUUUGAAUUAAUGUUGUGUCUAUCUACAGUAAAGCUGCUCCAGAUGAUGCUAACCUGUCUUCAUUUCUCAACAGGUGCUCCUCAGUUUAAGCGCUACCAGAAAUGCCUCUUUCUUUUUUCUCUUUCUUUUUCUCUCUCUACUUCUGUUUUCAUUCUCUCUCUCUUUCACCCGUUCUUUCUUUCUGGAUGGGAAGGCUGUUGUUGGUCUCACUGUGGUGUUGUGUGCACAUAAUCCUUCUGUAUUAAAGCAGGGGGACGUUGCGUCUGGAUUUCCUUUCUGUAUUAGUCCAGGUCCGUGGAAGUGUUGCGUCUGUGGGACCGCACCCUUACUGACUUCCAAAGUUCACAAAGUCGCACAAAGCCCCGAAUGAUCUGUACGCUCUUGCCAACUGUACACAUGGGUUGUGUUGUUGGAUGAAAAGAAAGCAUUGCUUGGAAAUCAUUAUUGUAUAUGGGAGGAAGUGAUUUAUGCUGUUUUGAUCACCGCUUUUUUGUGCGUUAAUGCAACGGUUUUUUGAUGUGUCUGAAAUGUGUACUCCAGACUGUCCUUCAUGUUCAAUUCUGAAGAAUAUAAAUGCUGUUUGUUUAGUGAGCUCUUUUCUGGAGCUUGUCAAGUGGAAACCGAUUGUAUGCCUUUGACUGUACUUGCACUUGAAUAAUUGCUUGAAAUAAAUCCUUUUCCUGGG